UCCUUACAAGAGGAGGAAACACUGUUUAUUUGUGACGUCACGGCGAGUGUGGCCCCGUGCCCUGUGACAUGUGCUUUACCUGUAUCAAGAGCAUCUAAUAAACCAUGCUGCCUUGCCCUGCCCUCCCUUGCCUUGCCCCUGCCACCACCACAAGGGGUUAGGCUACAGGAAUUAAGGGCAGCAUCUUCAUGGAGGAAAGGUGAGGCAGGGGAGACCAGCACCUGUCAAAGACGUGUAUACGGGGAGGGCCUGGGACAUCUGUGAGCUCCCCUCCAGCUGCCGAAUGGUCCCCGCCACAUCAGGCCACAAUGGAGGACAGGGAGGUGCAGGACAUGUUCCAGCGCUUCAACCAAAAGUACUUCUGGGGCAAGCUGAGCAAAGUGAAGCUCAACUGGAGUAAGAACAUGACCUUGUGUGCGGGGAAGACCUACUGCAAGGAGAGGCAAGGGGUUACUUCGUGUGCCAUCUAUCUUAGCCAGCCCCUCUUGACCCAGCGGCCCCGUGAGGACACUGUCAACACCUUGCUUCACGAGAUGAUCCAUGCGUACCUGUUCAUGGCGGGGGGAGGCAAAAGCACGAUGGGUCACGGCCUGGCAUUUAGGGAGCACAUGAAUCGCAUCAACAAGCUCCAUGGCUCCAAGAUAACAGUCUGCCACAACUUCAGAAAGGAGGUAGACAAGUUCCGCGUCCACGUGUAUCGCUGCGACGGUCCCUGCACCAAGAAGCGGCCCUACUUCGGAGUGCUGCGCCGUGCCAUCACCCGCCCCCCCGGCCCUACAGACAGGUGGUGGGCCAGACACAGCCAGGAGUGCGGGGGAACCUUUCACAAAGUAGAAGGCCCUGACGUGACCCCUGACCCUGCUCACGAUCCUAGUAAAUCAGUGAAGACUGGCUCAUUAGGAUACCCGACCACACCCUCCUCGAAACAGACACCCUCCCAAAGGAACACACUCUCCCCAAACCGCACAUCUUCCACAAAGACUGUAUCUUUCUCAAACCACACACCUUCCCCUAAAACCAGCUCAUCCCAACCAAGCACCCUUUCUCAUAGGCCCACCCCUUCCCUGACUUUUACAUCUUCCCCUAAAGCCACAUAUUCAGCGACAAGCCAGUCAGAUAGGAUGGCAGGAAAGGCCCCAGGAGGUGACAGCAGAAAGACAAUGAGUGGUGCAAGAAAAAGACUCAAAUAUGACCCCGACGGAAACUCAGAUAUAAUGGUUCUCAGUGAAGAACUGUUAGUGAAUAGAAUAAAGCAACGCCACGCACACACCAGUCGGUCCGUCCUGUUGUCGAAAGAGGAGGCGAAGAAGAUACGGAGAGGAAACAGCCCAGAGAAAGGUACACUGGUGGAGGGCCGAGUCAACUACAACUUCAGGCCUAAGUUUAAAAGCAGCUUAAACGUCCAGAAGUACUUAGCGAGGUACAGGGCGGUCAAGGAGGCAGGGAGUUCCAAGCCACAGAAAGCCCCAGUGUUCCAGAGUCCUCAAGCCUCCCCAGCAAAACCAGAAUCAAGUCAUCAGUUUUCAGAGAGUGAUACACCUUGGAGAACGAAUGCUACCCAUUCAUCUCAGUCAUCUAGGGAUAAAACAAACACUAAUAUAAACUCAAGGGCAGGUGGUAGUAGUUCUCAAGACUCAGCGCCUCCUUGUGUCACCUGCUGGAACUGUGGAGUGAACGUCAUGGUACCCGAACAUGUGUCUCGGACGGAGGACUCCGGUAUGCCGCAAAAAGUUUCCGCACCUGUGAAAUGUGAGAAGCUGGAAAAUAGUGUGGCCUCAAAAUUAGUGCCCUGUCCUUCCUGUGGCGAAAAGGUGCCUGAGGAUGAGGUCAACCGCCAUCUGGAUGAGUGCCUGAUGCCCUUCACGGAUGACUUUUGAUUUCAGAGUUCAUGUAUACUCUGCCUGUGUUUGCAUUCCUUUUACUCAGGAAGAUGUGUGAUAUUAUAUUAUUUUGAGUUUGAUCACCAUGUAAAUUUGUCCUUAUCCAUGUCUUGGGGAAUUACAUGGCUCACAUUCUUC